AAAAAAUUAAGAGGGAGAACAAGUUCUCACACCUCAUCUACUGAAGGUUUCGGCAGUGCUAUAAAAAGUCACCAUUGCUCCGAUCAAGUCACACAAACUUUUUGAACAUCAACCAAAAAACUUGAAUUAGAUACCAACUAUAAUGUACUCUAAGGCAUUGAUAGUGUUGGCUAUUGUGGCAGCCGCAUUAGCAGCACCACAGUACCAGAGUGAAUCAACCCCAAUACCGAUACUCAACGAAUCUCGUGACGGUCCCAACCCAGAUGGAUCCUACUCGUGGAGCUACGAAACAGCCAAUGGAAUCCAAGCACGAGAGCAGGGUUCUGUUGUUCAGUCUGAUAAAAAUGAAAACGGAGCUUUGUCUGUUUCUGGAGGGUACAAAUACAUCGGAGAGGAUGGUAAUCCCAUCGAGGUAACCUACACCGCUGAUGAAAACGGAUACCAAGCCCAGGGUGCUCAUCUUCCAGUUGCUCCACCAAUUCCCGAAGCCAUUCUCAGGGCUCUCGAGUGGAUCGCGGCUCAUCCAGAAGAAGAUAAACUCUGAAAGUGAUUUAUUAUAUAUACAUUUUAUUACCAUAACUAUUAUUAUUAUAAUUAUAAUGAUAAUUAUUAUUAUUAAGUGUACGAUAUAAUGGCGAUUGCACGAUGUCACUCGCAGAACAAACUGCAGAUUCUUACCAGAGAUACGACUUGCAAUUAAUUAUUAUUUUAUAAUCCUAUUUUAAACUGACUUAACUUUAAGUGUGUGCUUGUUUUUUUUAUUGAAAAAAUAAAAUAACUUUUUUUUCCACU